AUGUUGGACUUGUAUGCUGCUCUCAAUGAAGAAGAUAACCAAACUAGUAACAGAGUAAGAAGACAAACAUUCGCCUCUCUACAUAGAUUAAGACAAGACGAAAUAGUCAAAGGCAGAAUUAGUGACGUAAUAUUGUCCAUGACUUGUGUAAAUAGAAAAUCUGAUGGUGUUGGGCAACGACAAAAACUUGCCUUUUCAAUGGAAAGUGUGCCAAAAUCCGCAAGACUUGUAGGAGCAGAAUUGAAGUUCUACCAAGAUGGAAAACUAGCCCGGAAACUGCCUUUUAAUAUUUAUAAAAUAUCUGUAUUCAAACUCCUUCAACUUACUCCCAAGCUGAUUAAAAUGAAAAAAGUAGGAGAAAAAUUGACUUCAACUGACUACACUGGAUGGCUAUCCAUGGACAUCUCCUAUUUAUUUCAAACAUGGUUGGAAUAUCCUCAAGAACUGCAAGAAAUCUACAUUUCAGCCCAGCCUUUCACAAUAACCGACGAAAAAGAAAUACAUCCAGCAACAAUUGGAAUAACCUUCCAAAACGAACUAUUAGAAAAUGAACCUUUCAUUGUCGCCUUUUCUCAAGCCAACAACAGGGUCGUAUCACGCCUUACAAGAAACGCCAAUUCUUUACAAUCCAAACGCCCGGAUCUACCAGACAUUUUGUCAAACAACGACAAAUGCGAAAUGUACACAUUGAAAAUAUCUUUCAACGAUUUGGGAUGGAGCGAUUGGGUCAUAGCGCCAGCAGGAUACACUACUGCAUUUUGCCAAGGACCAUGUAAUUUUCCCAUGAAGAUGCCGCUAAAAGUUACGCACCAUGCUAUUGUUCAAAGUUUGAUGCAUCUGAAAAAUCCGAAGAAAAUUCCCCAGCCGAAAUGUUCGCCUAUGGAAACCAGUCAUUUGUCGGUGUUGUUUAAACAAAAAGAAAAUACGAUUUUGAAGAAAUAUAAAAAUAUGAUUAUUAGAAGUUGUGGGUGCCAAUAA